UCAACCAAUUGAGGGCGCUAACUCGCAGACGACUGAAACUGCAGUAAACCUCCCCCACCCUUAAACGAAGCGACUGGGCGUCGUCAUCAUCGUCCAUUAUCAGCGAGCUGAUCCGCGUCUUCGUUACAAAUUUGAUCUGAAGAAACUCCCAUCUUCGAGACCUUCCACGUGCAAAUUAACCAAAGACCAAUUUAACAAACAAUACUGCUGUUCUUCCCAUCCAAUAUGGUGAAGAUAUUUGUUGGCAACGUAGCCUCAGCAACCACUGAAGAUGAGCUUCGUGCUUUGUUUGAGAAGUAUGGUGCUGUGUCCGACUGUGACAUUCUGAAAAACUAUGGCUUUGUGCACAUGGAUGAGGAAGAGGCAGCGCAGAAGGCUGUCUCCGCUUUGCACAAGCAUGAGCUCCACGGCUCCCACAUCACUGUAGAAUAUGCCACCACCAAGGUACGCAAUGCCACCAAGAUCUACGUGGGCAAUGUUCCUGAAGGUGUCACUGCAGCCAAAAUCAAGGAGCUCUUCCAGCCAUACGGCAAGGUGGUGGAAUGCGAUAUUGUGAAGAAUUAUGCAUUUGUUCAUAUGCAGAGAGAAAGUGAUGCUCUGGAUGCCAUUUCAGAGCUUAAUCAUUCUAAAGUGGAGGGCCAAAAGAUCUUUGUUUCCCUCUCUCGCAGUAACCCGUCCAGAAAUGGCCGGGGGGAGGACUAUUUUCCCCCUCCCCCACAUCACUAUCCACCUCACCCACACCACCAUCCUCACUUUCUCCCCCCACGCCCGCCGCCCCGUGACUACUAUCCACCUCGUGGCCGACUUCCACCCCCUCCUCUCCCACCACCGCCACCCCGUGCCCUCUACGAGCGCGACGUGUAUGAGAGGGGCCUUCGCCAUGACCCGUACGCUGCUGCCUCCCCUCGUUUUUACGAUCGGGAUCCAUAUGAACGACGCCCUCCGCCUCCCCAAAGACCGAUCACUCCUCCCCUCGCUGCUCGCUACUACCGUGAACGCAGCCCUCUUGGUCGCCGCUCUCUUCUGCCACCGCCUCCCCCUCCACCCUCUUCUGCCAGCUAUGGCCGCGGUUUUGCCCGCAGUGGCGCUGGCUCUGGGCCCCCUUCCCAUUCCGCCACUGCUUCCUCCCACUAUCAACGCUACUCUGUUGGCUCAGGCUUUGAUAAGGAUGAUUAUUUGGAGGACAAGUACAGCAAUGGCUUCAGCCGUAGCUACUAAGAGUGCAUUGUCUUGGAAAUCUGUCAGUCCCUUUUGUAUUAUUUUAGGAGACAAGUAAUCUAAGAGGGACGUACCUUCAGGGAGUUAGUGAUUAAUUUUGUAGUAAUCUGUGAUGGUUGUAGCUAUUUUAGACAACAGGUUAAACAGCUAAUACUGUACUCAUUUAAUUAAUAGAUUUACCUCUUCUCAAUGAAGGAAUGGCAAAUAGGAAGUUAUAUAUUCCUCUGUUUUAUAUUAUGUCGUACUAUAUUUAACCACAAUAUCAUUUUGAAUAUUUUCUUAAGACACUUGUUUUUUCUUUUAAUCACUUAACAUUUUUAGUUUACUCUUGCAUGCACGUCAGUUGAGGUUCUACAACACAAAAGAUCGCCUGUAUGUUUGAGUUAAGAAAAACAGUAUGCUUAGGUUAUCGUAAUUUUAUUUUUCAUUAGAUGAUUUUUCAACAGAAGUACAAAGUUGAAGUGUCUAUCCAACAUUGAAAUUAAGUUGUUUAAUGUUUACCAGCGUACCCCCCCCCCCUCACCGUCUUUUGCAUGAGUUACAGAGGCAACACUGAAUAUCUUACCUUGAGAUUAGAGAGUAACCAAAUUGUAUUGAUGCUGUCCUAUCCUACAUCGAAACAGUUGUCUUUUGUUUUGUUUUUCUUUUUUGAAUCCAAAUUUAUUCUUGAUCGAAUCUGUUCCCUGGACAAAUGAAUUUGCUAUGUUAUUGGUAGAAUAUUCGAUGAGCGAGAAAGGAAAAAUAAAACAGUGGGAAGGAACAGAGGAAAUGGGUCAAGAGGUGGUUGUGGGCGGAGCCAUAUGCUAACUGACUGAUCAACCAAUCACAUCCUAAUGGCAAACAGAGCACAUCACAUCCACCAGCUGCUCAACUUUCGGACUCGCCAUCACAUCGUAGGAAAAAGCACCACCGGUCAAAGGAAGCUCGGAAAAAAACAAAUGAUCAACCACUCGCUGACCGUCUAAUAAAUAAAUAACACUUGAUUCAUUAAAGCAACUUCUACACUGUAUUUCGAAAUUACAUUGUAUUUGAAACUAGCUCAUUUGCCGGUUCCGCAGACUCUGACAAAGUAGUUUUUAAUGAUUAUAAAGAUUAUUUUGGCAUCACAUUACAAUGGACGUUCUUGUGAUUGAAAAUAUUACUGAAUACUCAACAUUGUUUUCUGUCCUACUUGUACUACUGCUGUUUGCCUACGAUUUCAUUGUUAACGUACAAAUCUGUUUAAAAUGUAAGUCUUUAAGCCUGUUUCUCGACUGUUGAUCCGAAACCGCUAUCUUUAUUAUAUUGUUCAAACGAGCAGCUUUGCGGUUGUUUGCAAAUUGUUCGAAAUAUAUGCUUGCUUUGAUUAAACCUAUUUAAACAGGUUCAUGUUCUGCCAGUCGUUGUGACCAUCUAUCCGCCUGAAUAAAAUGUCGACUGACUCAGACACCGUU